UUAAUUUCCAUAUUAACAGUAAAUUGGAAGCUUAUUUCUUAACCAAAUUACGAGAGCAUCCUUUUGAUCUUGUCCACUUCGCUUCUUCCCAACAACCACGGGAACAUAACGACGCUGAUCGAAUUGCGCUUUCUCUUUUUUGUUGUGGCUAACAAGUAUUGAACUGCACAUGGCGAGCGCUGUAGAUGCCUCGGGAAACCCUAUCCCUUCGUCGUCGGUGUUGAUGGCAUCAUCGAAGCACAUUGGGAUCCUGUGCCACUCUGAGAACUUGGAUUUUCUGAAGUGCAAGAAGAAGGAUCCUAACCCUGAAAAGUGUCUUGACAAGGGUCGCGAUGUUACCCGCUGUGUCCUUGGACUUUUGAAAGAUCUGCAUCAAAAGUGCACAAAGGAGAUGGAUGAUUAUGUUGGCUGCAUGUACUACCAUACAAAUGAAUUUGACUUGUGUCGCAAAGAGCAGCAAGCAUUCGAGCAAAAGUGUUCUUUGGAAUGAAACUAAGCACUGUGUUGUCUAAAAU